AUGAACGCUCAACUACACAAUCGAGAUCCUACUUUCGAUCCCCAAAUCCACAUCACCAGCGAGGUAAGAUCAACAAACAUGAAUCCCAACCAUGGCGAAGAUCUGCCUUUGGAUCUAAAGUCAUUAUCUAUCAUCAUACAUUACGAUGCAUCAUGUCCGACUAACCUUCGACAAACUGCACAUGCAGCUCAACAAAAUACAACUAUGCUAGGAAACAGCAACGAUUCUCCUACCGAGAGUGUGCAACAUCAGGAACAAGGACCAAAUGCACAGAAUGAAGCGGACUGCUCGAUCAGUUCUUCGGAAGACGAGUCGAUUAUCGACAAUACGUUCCAGAACCAUAAACAAAAAGCGCAGCUCUAUAAACACAGAGAGUUGAUGGAAUUCGCAAAGGAAAAAUUACUUGCGCAAGCUCAAACGGAAACCGCAGCUCUACACCGAAGAAGCAAAGAUACAACUACAGAACAGACUGAGAAAUUUCAACAGAUGAUCCAGGAAUACAUUAAUCAUAAUCCGCUUCAGACGCAGCAACAAGCAGUCAGUGUGUACAAGCACCUCGUCGCUGUAGAGUUGAGGAAAGGCAUGUAUCCCGGUGGAUUGCCGGAACACAGGCGCAGAAGAGAUUACAGAUGCGAGCUCAGGCAUGCGUGA